AUGCCUCCUCAACCAGGCAUAUUCUCCGUCCCUUCAAGCUACAGUGUACCACACAAGUCGUCCAGGGCGGGGAACUACCCCGCAGACGUCUCUGAUAUGAGUAUAUAUCAACAUCAUCCCAUCGCUGGCCCUAGUUCACGGACACACGGCGACGAAGGCAAGAAAGAAAAACGCCGAAAAGAAAUUUCUGGUAGAGUUGGUAAAGAGAUGAUUGAUAGAAGGGAUGACGGCCGCCACUUCACAGAAAGCAUCUCAGCACUCCACAGCACGGCCAUCCAACUCUCCACACGACCCGAAACGCACCCCCUCUACAAACUCCGCUUGUUCCCCAUCUCACUAGAAAGAUCAGCGGUGCUCGCGCAGGUCGAGUUGGAGGAGAGGCAUGCACUGGAGUGUGUCCAGGUGGCGUAUGAUGAGGAAAGGGAAAGGGUAGAAGAAGAGUGGAGGAAGGGACGGGAGAGGGUUAGGGAGCGGUUGAUUGAGGGGAUUGAGGAGAGGCGCAGGAGGGCGAGGGAGGAGAAGGAUGGAGAGGGAACGUUGGGCGAUGCAUCGCUAGACGCACACUCCCGCCCACCCAUCACCCGCAAACUCCGCAACAAACUCGGAACAUCACCCCCACCAACGCCCCUUCCAUCUUUCUCAACCGUCAACGGUCCAGGGGGACAUGUAUCAUGCCUCCCCAUAACCUCAGGGCCAUUCCUAAACCCACACUCCCUCUCCGUGGACGAACUUCCUUCCCCGUUCCCUUUCCCACUGACAUCAACAAGUAUACCCAACGGGGGUGCCUCUACCGGUGCGUUGGGGGCGGGUAUUGGAUCGGCUGGGGGACGGAGGAGGCCCAAGGGAGGAGGCGUGCAUCAGAGUCAGGUCGUUGGUGGUCUUGGUAAGAGUUUGGUGAUUUUUAUGCCGCAGAGUAUCAAAGAGAGUGAGGUGGAUAGUGAUCUUGGAGAAAUUAGGAGGGGGAAUAAGAGGAGAAGGGCCACAGCUGCCUCGCUUGCAAAGUCGAAUGCGGCUUGA